GCUUGUUUAUUUUCGCUGAAGGCGGCAUUGCUAAAGCUGUCAAAGAAACACAAUUCGAGCAAUUCAAAUGAUACACUCAACAACUUAUUUGAUUUGCCCUAAAAUGUAUAGAAUGUUUUAAUUGGACAGUGUUUUUUAUUUUGAAUUCAUUCGAAUGAAUAAAAUUUUUCUGGAGAAGUGAGAUGGCGCUUGUCAGCAACAAUCUUGAUCAAUGCAGCUUUUGCUCUAACAUGUGCAAUGUGGGAUUUCAUCACGCGCUAGUCACCACACAUCUUCAAGACCAGAAACUAAAAAUUAUCCUGCAGAAGUUGAGCAGUUUCACUUCCCAGUUAAGCAGUUAUCCUACGUGUGACAAAUGCCACCAAGAGUUCUUAACCAUCCACAACAUUCCCGAGAGCUGCUUCCUAAUUUUGUCUAGUGCUGAACAAACUGCCAUCAAGAUGGAGCCAGAGCUGAUGAUUGAUGAUCACAAGCUGUCGAAUGAUGGUAACAUUUUCGAGAUAGGCUCAAUUCAACAGGAAGCAGCUCAGCAAAUCAAGGGACCAAAUGGAGAGCUAUUCUCCAUCACAGAAAUGAACGAAGAAGACGACAGUACCUUAUUAAUUCCUGUUACACAAAGAAAAGGUGAUGUGGAUGCACCACAGAAGAAAAUCCGCCACAGACAAACGAAAGACUUGGUGGACGAAGGACAGGAACCAGUGAAAUGUGGAAAGUGUGAAAAAACAUUCACCUCAAAGAAAAGACUCAGAUGGCACAUUCGACAUCAUAGGGAUGAACGUCCCCAUACUUGUCCCCAUUGCUCAAAAGGAUUCAAGGAUGCUUCAACCCUGAAAUUCCACAUUCGUACGCACACAGGUGAACGACCCCAUUCUUGUCCACAUUGCCCAAAAGCAUUCAAGGGUGCUACAGUACUGAAAUUUCACAUUCGAUCACAUACAGGUGAACGUCCUUAUCCUUGUCCACAUUGUCCGAAGGCGUUUAAGCACCCUUCAACGUUCCAACUGCACAUUCUCACUCACAAGGACGAACGUCCGUAUUCUUGUCCACAUUGUCCGAAGGCGUUUAAGCAUCCUUCAACGCUCCAAAAGCAUACUCUCAGUCAUACAGGCGAACGUCCCUAUUCGUGUCCACAUUGUCCGAAGGCGUUCAUUCAAUCUUCAAAUCUCAAGCAACACAUUCUCAGUCAUACGGAUGAAUGUCCCUUUUCUUGUUCACACUGUCCGGAAGCGUUUAGGACACGUUAUUUGCUCCGGAUGCACAUUCGAACUCAUACUGGUGAACGUCCCCAUCCUUGUCCACAUUGUCCGAAAACAUGUGUGGAUUUGUCCACGUUACGAACUCACAUCCAAACUCAUACGGGUGAACGCCCUUAUUCUUGUUCACAAUGUCCGAAGACGUUUAGCAAAACAUCAAAUCUCAAACAACACCUUCGAACUCAUACGGGUGAACGUCCUUAUUCUUGUUCACAGUGUCCAAAAACGUAUACGUGUUCUUCAUCGCUACAAGAGCAUAUUAGAACUCAUACGGGUGAAUGUCCCUAUUCUUGCCCACAUUGUUCGAAGACGUUUAACAAAACUUCAAAUCUCAAACAACACAUUCUCAGUCAUACGGAUGAACGGCCCUUUUCUUGUCCACACUGUCCGGAGGCGUUUAGAACUCGUUAUAAGCUUCGGAUUCACAUUCGAACUCAUACGGGAGGGAUCAUUUCAAAUGAACGGUCUCAUUCCUGUCCACAUUGUUCCAGAACAUUCGAAGAAACCACAAUGCGGCGGAUGCACAUUCGGACAUACAGCAAAAAGAAAUCAUACGUUUGGGGGUUAUGUGAACGAGCUUUUACCCAGUUCGAUAACCUUAUCGGGCACCUCCGCAAUCCUUUAUGCCUUACAACCACUUCGAUAAAGAUUACAGUUGGUCGGGGCAGGAAUCAAUGGUGCCCACGGAGGAAGACAUUACAAGAUGCUAAAGAAUCUGUCACUGAACGUUGUUGGAAAAUAAACAUUGAGUAA